AUGGCCUCUGCAUUAGUCUCUGAAGAUCUCUCCUUUGACAUCCCCUGUGAUCCUGUAGUCCUACCCUGUUUGCCUGAGUCUCGGACAACAGAGGAACCUCCAGGAUGCCCUGUUGGUCGGAGCCCUGAUGCUCCCGGUUAUGGUGUCUUCAAGAACCUGUGUAGGUCCAUUUGGCCAGAAAGACACCAUCAAGCUUCAGCAGAAUCAGACAAGAUCUGUAUCCAACACAAUAAGAAACUGAAGUUCUACUGUCUAACUGAUGAACAGCUCAUCUGCUUGGUCUGUAAGACAACCAGGAAACACAUAAACCACAGCGUCUGUUCCAGAGACGAGGCCACCUCACGCACGAAGAAACAAGCCAAGAGAACAAGGAGAGGGAUAAAGAAGCGAUUUAAGAAGUUUCGCAAGUUUUUGCACAAUGAAGAGUUAGAGAGAUUGAGUCUACUGAAGAAGGAAGAGAAACAGAAGAGAGCACUGAUUGAUGUUGCUAAACAUCUGCAAAAUCUGAGCUUCGAAGUAUUAGUAAACAUGCAAGAUAUUGUACAAUACACUCCUGUUACUCUUGAUCCUAACACAUCCCAUCCUAGUCUCUUACUGUCUGGGGAUCUCACCACUAUUACAUACCAGGAAGAACAACUGGAGAAGCUUCCCAAUAACCCUGAGAGGUUUCAGUCCAGAUCCAUGGUGCUGGGCUCUGAGGGCUUUAUCUCUGGGACCCAUUGCUGGGAUGUUGAGGUUGGGGGUAAUAGAGCCUGGGCAGUGGGUGUGAUAACUGAGUCUGCUCAGAGGGAAAGAGCAUCUUUGUCAGAGAAUCAAUUUUGGGAAGUUGCCUUUUAUACUGACAUGUACGAAGCCCAGUCACUCCACGAGCCCCUGACGGCUCUUACGUUGACCACGGAACCCCGGAGGAUCAGGGUGGAACUGGACUAUGACAACGGAAUACUGCAUUUCUUUGACCCUGUAACUAAGACAGCUCUGCACACGUUUAAGGACACCUUCACCCACAGAGUUUUCCCCUAUUUUCAGAGUGACUCGUGCUUCCAUCCACUGAAGAUCGUACCAAUGAAAUUGUCAAUGAGACUGAAGAAACACAGGUUACCAGCAGAAGUAUGCGCCUCCAUGAAUGAGUCUUUAGAUGAGAGCAGGAGCAGUGAACCAUUAUAUGAAAAUGUGGAACUGUUCAAGGUAAAAGAAGCACAGUAG